CCUUGAAAUCAAAAUCCAAUAUGGCGAUGUGUCAGAUGAUAGUGGUAUUUUCAUCAACAGCAUAAGUUGCAGAUAUUUUGGUGCUAUUGAGACUGAUAUGAACCGGCACCAAGUUCUAACGGGAGCAUGCAACGCAGGAGACCAAUGCUAUGCAGUUGGGAGCGUGGAAGGCAUUCAUUUUACCGCCUAUGCAGCAGGAUGCGAUAUUGUAAUUUUGGCCAGUGAUUUCCAGAGGGUCCAGAUCAUUCCAGGGGUGACCCAUGGCAAUGUCAAGGUCAACUGCAUUGAUUGCUCCACUGACAGUGGAAAGAUAGCAGCAUCAUACCAGAAUGAAGUGUACAUAUUUGAGCCCACGCCACUUCGCCAUCACGAAAGCACCCAUAAGUUAGAUUACAGAUGGUAUCAGACGGCCAAGUUUGAAGCAGAUUGUUACAUCAACUGUUUGAGCUGGAACAUAGAAGGAUCAAGACUACUCACUGGGGGAGAAUCUAUACAGAUCUGGGCAUUUAGCCAGGAGCAUCAUGAAGAAACUGGGGGUGGAUCCAAGUCGGUCCACUUUGAUGUAGGUGGAGUUGAUGAGGACCACAAAGCGGAUAAAGACGAAGGGGAUGUCCAUGAUCCACUAGAGGAGAUUUCCACAAUCUGGAUCUGUGUUUGGCGAUGCAAACCUUCCACUCCUGUGUAUCAUUUGAGGUACUCCUGGGAUGGACUGCUGUUUGCCUCAGCCGGAAAGAAUGAUAGAUUGGUGAAGAUUUGGUAUGAAGACAGAAAAAACCAGUACCCCUUACUGAGGAGUGACAGCAUAGUGAGCCCCAAGAAGGAGGAGCAGCACUACUCCUUUAUAUACAUUGCCCACCCCAGGGCUGUCACUGGGUUCUCAUGGAGGAAAACUAGCAAAUACAUGCCCAGAGGAGCUGUAGCCAACAUGUUGGUCACUUCCUGUCUGGAUAAUGUCUGCCGAUUGUGGGUGGAAACCAUUCUCCCCGAUGAUGGGCUGGUGGAUCUGGAACAGUUUGACCCCAAUUCAUCGGUGGAUCCAAAGUUUCACACCCAUCGACACAAGAAGAGGUUUCUCCAGAGGUUAAAGACUAUCAGAUUGCAUUUACAUACAUUUGAGAGAAGGGGAUAUCUUGGGCGUAACGGAUAUCCCAUUAACCGUCUUUGGACAGGAAAGACGGACAGAUGUGGUCUUCACAUACAGAGACAUGCCAUACACAAGCGUAAAAAACACCAUAAGAUGGGGCCAGAGACUGUGAUGAGCAUGGCCAGCUUCAGCACUGUACAGAGCGUCCAUGAUUUCCACAAGUACGCCAUCCACCACAACGGGGUGGCCACAGUGCUGCAUUUCCACCUGGCUGCCAGCAUCAACCCAGAAACAGAUGUACCACUUCUCCCUGUGAUAGGAUCCAAAGAUCAACAGUUUAACUUCCAGCUUCACUGGCUCAACAACAAAGAGCUGCAGUUUACAAUGGAGGCUGAAGUGAUACUGCAGGAUAUGCACCGAGGGGUUCUGAAUGUGGAUGGCCAUUCAGAAGACCCUCAGCAUGAGGCAUCAGACAGUGACCAUGAUGACCAUCAUGUGGAUGAAGUGGAUAAAAGUGGACAAAAUCAGCCUAAAAAAAAGAAGAGCAAGCUGUUCAAGAGAAAAAGUCGCCAUUCCCAUCGCCACAAGUCUACCAAGGACAUGAUGGGGGAGAGUCAGGCCCACAUGACAUCAUCCGACAUGUCUGACCACACUUCCGAGGGGACAUCCAGUCUGAACUCACCUGAGGUACCUGGUUCAGUGAUUGAUGCUCUAGACAGAAAGAUAGAAACAUUACUGAGGGACUGGCACCAACACCCAGACAUGAUGUUCAGCAUUCACCCUGUGGAUGGCAGUUUUCUUGUCUGGUUAGUGGAUUGGUUGGAUGAAUACAAUCCGUACUGCUUCCGGCAGGCCCAGGUCAGCUUCUCCUCCCGCCUCCCCCAUGCGUUCCCUGUCCCUGAUGCCCGGACCAUGGCCAGUCGUCUGUGGAUGUACUGCAACUACAGUAAAAUGGACAUCAAGUCCGCCAUGCGGAUGAGUGAGAGCACCGCCAGCGAGAAUCCGAAAUUCCAAAAUCCACCCGCUCCAGCUACCGGGAAGAACUCUCCUGGUCAGAACGACAACAUGCUGAUACCUAAUGUUUUACUGAUCUCCAAGCAUGUGAAUGGCUCAUUGAAUCAGUGGCAGAUCAGCUUUGCUGACCAGUCCAAGUUUUCCACUGUUAUGAGUGUGGCCCAUGCAAGUAGAGCAUGUGGACAUAGGUUCAGAACCAAUUCAGCGACUUGUCACCCAGUGCUGCCUCUGUUGUUAUCCACCUCCCACCAUAAUGUCCCAAAAGAACACUACAGAAAGUCGGGCGCCUUUGUCAACAGUCAAAAGGAGGGUUCUGAGAGUGAGGAGGGUGGGAAGGGUGGGGUGGGUGGUGUAGAGUUUUGUAGUGAGCUGAUUUUGUGGCGUGUGGAUCCUGUGGGGCCAUUGUCCAAGUCUGGUGGAAUUGUGGAGCUAGCUCGGAUUAACUCCCCUGAGCUGUCAGCAUUCUCAGAUGUAGCCUGGGUACCUACACUGCUGCCAAGUACCACUCUUGGGUCAUACAGCAAUUCUCCCAGUGCCCUCUUUGUGGCCUCAGAUGGGAGUGGUUUAAGGAUGUUUCAAGCUGUCAUUGAUGCUAGGACACUUCUUUUGGAGGUUGGGGCUCAGAAGAGGGAUCCUGGGAUGAGUUUCAGCAGCAACACUAGCUCAGGGUACAGUAUGGAGGCCCAGAAUCCCCCCGGGGAGCUGUUCAACAUUGUCAGCCUACAAUCCUCUGCCAGACCAGGGUGUAUUAUAGAGCUGGAACCCAUUGCAGACGCUGCUCAGAGCUGGCAGCAGACCCAGCUUCUCCACGUGUUCCAGGAGCAGAUGAUCACGGGCCAUGUUAGCGCCUCGUCUAGUGGGGGGAUGGAGGCGGUGGUGGAUCUACGCACCUCGGGCUCCUUCUGUGAACACUUCUACCUGGUGGUGCUGGAGAAGGCCAAAUACUCAGGCUCUAUACUCCACAUGUGGAAGAUCACCAUCUCCUCCAAGUCUGGCGAGCAGUGUGAGGCUGAUGGAAAUGAAGACAAUGGUGCUGAUGGCAAUACAGGAGAAGAGGGAGCCCAGUCAGAGAACUCCUCACCAGAACAUGUGGUCACCAAACCCACUACGGUCGUCAAAGUGAUCUUCUCUACCACCAAAGUGUGUACACAGCCUUUGCCCCUACCAGAUGGCGUAGAUGUUCAAAGCGCCACCAUAUCAGCUGGUCACCUAAGCUCCGCCUCUAUUUAUCCAGCAUGCCUUGCUCCAUAUCUGUUGGUAACUGCCUGCUCUGAUGGAGAGGUCCGAUUCUGGAACUGCAGCAUGUCGUCUGUACAUCAAGUUGGGGGACUCUCUGUUGCCUCCAGCUCCUACAGCACAACAAGCUUUGAGAUGGCUGUACAGGAGGAUAACGGAAUGCGCAAGCCAUCAACCUCAGUGUUCACAAAGUCAGAGGCCAUGGAAUCUAGCUACAAGUGGCAGGAAUGGAGCAUGAUGAACAGCUCAAAGACUUCUAGUGUUAUCAGUAUAACAGGUCAUCCAAUUGCAGUGAGUUGUGCCUACAGUGGAAGGCUUGCUGUGGCCUACCGAUUACUAGGACCAAAAGUUCUUCCUAACAAUCCAAAGGGAAAGCUUUUGAAUAUGUGGGUGGCCAUUUAUGAGUGUGAAUCCACAGGAGGAUCAGAGUGGAUUCUAGAAGACACAGUUGAACUGAAAAAUGUGACAAUUCCUGACCCUAAAGCGGAAAUAGACAUGGAUUGUAUUUUCAGUCCAGCUGGUAUCAAAUCACCAAGAUUCACGGAGGAAUCAGACACUCCCAAGGGAAUGUCUCCCUCUUCCUCCUUAGUUAACAUCACAAGAGCAGUGUCGAUACCAAGUUUGAGUACCAUCUGUAGUGUAAGAAGAAGCAUAGCUGAACAUGGAAACAUGGCUGGAAUUCUUCACCAGAAGCAGUUAGUUCAGCUUGACUGGGUGUCGACUGAAGAUGGGUCACACGUCCUGACUAUUGGGGUAGGACAGAAAAUUCUCAUGUAUGCGCAAGUGUCCAAUGAUGUCAUCAGUGCAUCAAAGGAGGCUAAAGAGGAUUCUGAAAAUAAUAAGAGGAAAUUUAAUGCAAUGCAGAACCCUAGUCGUGAAGCUUUGAAUUUGCAUCUGGGUCAGGCGAAUAGAGAAGCUCCAAAGGCAAGGGGAAGACUUACCAAGGCUAAAUCUGUCAUGAUUAUAGAUGAUACUCCAGAAGAUAUACGGUGGAUGUUGCUACGUUCAGUAGAACUAAGUACUGCUGAUGGACUUCCUCCUUUGCCUAUGCACAUAUCUUGGGUAAGAGCUGGGAUUUUGGUGGUGGGGAUGGAUAAUGAAAUGCAUGUGUAUUCUCAGUGGAGGAGUGCACACUAUCAUCCGGAUCAUGGAAGUACGGAUGACUCCAGAUGUAUUGAGGAUCCAGAGUCUUCUUAUUUCAACUUGGAGAAUCUAGCCAGUGUAAAGUCUACCACUACAUUCAAACCUUCAUACUCAAUGCCAAACUUUAAACAUCUGAAUUCCAUGUCCAAAAAGAGCUCUGAUUCUAUGAAGUCAAACUUGAACAAAGCUAAGAGUGAGAGUCUGACCAGCUUAAUUGCAAUCCAUGACUUUGGACUCUUUGAAGCCACACGUGAGGCACAUCCUUGUCUUCCCCAGUAUCAUCCGAAAAGUAUGAUGGAAUUACUGAACUUUGGUAAGGUCCGUAGGGUAAAAGCAAUCCUGGCUCACUUAGUAAGGUGUAUAUGUAAUGGGGAAAUUCCUCCAAUGAACAUGUCUGAAGAAAUGGACACCGAAGAGACGAGAUGGGGUCAUGGAAGAAACCGGGCACUCUCAGUCAGUGGAGCAAGUCCAAAUGAGGUCCCACUCCUCCAUGAAGAACCUCAGCUGGAGUACAAGGAAAUCUCCUUUAUCCCACCGCUUCCCAUGUAUGCUCUCCUGGCGGCUGAUGAGCAUGUGACAGUGGCCAAGAACGAUUUGAUUACCAGCUCCACCCCUGGGCACACCACUGCCAACAAAGACUACAGUGAUUUGUUCUCCUCCAAUGUGGGAAUGGAUGAGGAACUCGAUACUAAUGUACUGGGAACCUCUGCUGAUAGUAAUGCCUCUGGACGAGGCAGGCUCCAAUCCACAUCCGGUAAUCCAUCCAAUCCAAAUGAGUUUGGUUCGAACCAUAGCAGGGUUUUGAUGAAGCACCUUACACACACUCAGCUUCCUGGGUUGACCAGUGUGGAUCAGAUGUACCUUCUGGCUAUAGCUGAUACCGUGGCAAACAACAAGAUCGACUUCACUGACAAGUUUGAGGGAGAAAAGCCUGCCAGCAGUAGUGGUGAUAUGAAUAAAGAAUCGACGGAAACGAUAGAUGGUUGUGGCCUCCGCUUCCUGCUGGCCAUGAAGAAUCACAUCUACCUAGUGGGGACAUUACAACCCAGACAGAGAGCUGUGCUUCAGAGAACAGGACUCAAGUCCUUCAACCUGGUCUGGGCUUUCCAUUCCGAGUCCACAGAGGAGUUGUUGUCCCAUAUCCCCAGCAUGCAGAAGGGGGAGCCAACUUGGGAGGAACUGAGGCAGUUUGGUGCGGGCUGGUGGAUCGACAACAUCAACAUCCUAAAGAGAACCAUGGAAAAGGUGGCCAAAGCAGCCUUUCAGAGGAAGAAGGACCCAAUGGAUGCUGCUCUGUUUUACUUAGCCAUGAAAAGAAAGAAUGUUCUGUGGGGCCUGUACAGGUCUGUUGACAACAAACGUUUGAUGGAAUUCUUCAAGAACGACUUCUCAGUGGAUAGAUGGAGGAAAGCAGCCCUCAAGAAUGCAUAUGAUCUUCUGGGUAAACAGAGAUUUGAGCAUGCAGCAGCUUUCUUCCUUUUGGCUGGAUCUCUACCUGACGCCAUUGAGGUGUGUAUCAACAAUUUGGAAGACAUCCAGUUGGCUCUAGUUGUGUGCCGUCUCUACGAUGGAGAGACCAUGAUGCCGGAAAGUGCAAAAAAAGUUCUAAACCAACAUGUGAUUGGAUUGGAAGAAAGAGACUCUAAGACUGUGACAAUCACAGGGAAAUGGUCUUCAGACCCAUUCCUGAGAAGCAUGGCAUGGUGGAAUUUCAAAGAAUACCGAAAAUCAUUGAAGACUUUGCUCUUGUCAAACUCAACAAAAACCCAGUUAAGUCCUGACAAUCAGGAGGGAGAGGUGCAGAGUGCAAUGCCAAAUGUUUUCAAUUUCUACAAUUACCUGAGAACUCAUCCUCUGAUAUUGAGGCACAAAAUCACGUCCGCUGCUCCAUUAGCUCAUAGGAAAGGUGUCAUUCCUGGCUUUACUCGCCAGCAGACGAUCAUUGAAGAGCAGGAAUCCCUAGUGUUCAUAGACAAGGUCACACCCAUGGAGCGUCGUCUCUUUUUCAAGACUGCACACACUCAUUUUACAAAUGGGUGCCCUCUCUUGGCGCUGGAAGUGUUGUCCAAACUUCCAAACAUUAUUAAAGAGGAAGACAUUGAAAGUGACGAUGACGAUGAUAGUGAAAGCAUAAAACCUUUGUCAGAAAAUAUCAGCACAGGGACUCUGUUAGCCGAAAAUCUGAAUAACAGUGAGUCUAAAGAGGGCUAUGAUUGGGGAAGCUCUUCAAUGAAUGGAAUGGUGAAUGGAGACAAAUCUGAAACUUUUGAUUGGUCAACACCUCUUUCUACUGGCAAUAAAGCUACCAGUGAAUCUCUGGACUGGGGAGCCCCAGUGUCUAGAUUUGACAUGGAAGAUGAACCCAGGUUUACCCUCAGUUCUGAGGAGAGUGGUUUGGACAGUGACUUUGAGAACCAUGCAAAUGAACAAAACAAGCCAACCCAGAAAGGCAAAUUACAAAAGGUUCCUAACAUCAUAGUGGAGGAUGACUUGCCCAAUGGACAUGAUGAAACAAAUUCAGACCCCAAACCUAGUCACAAAAAUCAGAUUGAUAUUUUUGCUCAGCAGUAUAAGUUUAUAGCUUGUCUGAAAGUUCUGAUGGAGGAAAUGAGGACACUAGCUACAGGGUUUGAAGUAGAUGGAGGCCAGCUAAGGUUUCAGCUUUACAUUUGGUUGGAGAGAGAAGUGGAAGUCUUACAGUAUCUCUGUAACUAUGGUGACUCCAGUACAGCAGCAGACGACAAUCAGCCCAGCCAAACUAUCAAUUACUACGAAGACUGUGUCGAUCCAGCAUCUUAUGUUGAGCUGAGCGAUAGCAGUGCCAAUUUAAUCAACUCCUCAUCCUUUGAGGACAGCAGCAUGUACCUGGACGUCUCAAACAGGAAGUUCAGCCGGUCCAUGUCCAUCCGCUCGGACACCUCCUCCAGCUCCAUCAAACCGACCCUCCACGAGGUCAUCCUAGCUGAAAAGAUGGACUUUGAGGCCAAGCUGGAGCGCAUGUCCAGGAGGAAGCAGUGGCUGCGUAACCACCAGCAGUUACUGCGGACGCUGGCCAGCUACUGCAUGCUUCAGGGGUCGGGAGGGGGAGGCCUGGCUUCUGUACAGAUGGAGCUACUACUUCUGUUACAGGAGCAUCAACAAGAGAAGCCCCAGCAGCAGCUGUUAUCUCCCUUACCUUUCCCUACUACACUUCCCCUGUUAUCAGCUAGCAUUGCCAGCUCAAAAACAGUGGUGGCCGACCCCAUCAAACACAUCCAGUGUAUGACCCAGGAUCUUCUUCACACCGUGAUAGAGAUGACCCUACCCCCAGGGAUUGGCAGCCACAUGAAAACCGUGUUCACCAUGAGGAACCUAAGCCUGGCUCUGUCGGCAUGUGUGUAUCAGUGUCUGUGUGACUGUGAUAGUUUUGUGGUCUCACUCAGUGAGAAUGCCGAUGCCUCCCUGGAGGGGUUCACUAGUCAUAAUUUUACCAGUGCACAAGCAGGUCAUUUGAUGGCCGGUGUUCAGAGAUAUCGCCGGAGAUCCAGCUCAGGGGAUGAAAUCAACACUCCACCAAACAGGUGGCCAGGUGUUCAGGGACUACGUGCAAUGUUGGUAAGAGAGAAGGAUGAGAAUGCUCCCAUACUUCACAUUCUCCUGUGUGAGACCCUGGUGUCGGUGUACGUCAGUCUUCUUGUGACUGCUUUGGCGACCUAUGACUGCAGCAUGCUGUACAAACUCAUCGCCCACAGAUUCGUCCAACAGAUGUGGGGGGCUCUGUUUGGGGGAGGAUCCAAAACAGUCCUCAAAGUGUCUGAGUCUUCAGUACCCCUUAAGGGAAUAGAUGAGGUAGACAAGCAGAGACUGAGGCUGGUGAAGCGGGUGAUGGGAGGGACCGGGGGUAAGAACCCUCCCUCCUCCAAGGAGAAGCCGGUCAAGGAGACCUUCAUCCCCCCCGAACUCAGCAUGGUCACGUUCUUCAUGACAAAGCCCUUUACCAACCCAGCUGAGGGUGUAUUUAUGUAUGAUUCUGAGGAUUCCCUGUCCUCAGAAGAUGAGAGCGAUGAGGAGUUUGAUGAUGGAUUAAGUUCUUCAGCAAUGUCAGCAGUCCAGCAGCACACGGACCCCACCUCCUACUCUUGGAGUCUGAUUCGUUACUCCGUCAUUAAACUGGUGCUCCACAACCUCAACACAUUCCUGCCACAAGUCGGAAUAGAUUUACCAGAAUUGCCUGUAUGUUCACCUUUACUGCAUGCUGUGUUAAAAACACUAGAACAGUGGAUGGAUAUUUUACAAGGCAAGCUGGAGUUAUUCUCAGGGCCUCCAGAUGAUUUCAUUGCUAACCUUCAUAUAGAUGUCAUUCCAGGAAAACCACAUUCCAAAUUCAAAGCACUCUUAAACCCAUCUAACUCACCAUUCAUAGAUGCUCAUUCUACUUUGCCUAUAAAGAGGCUCUGGUUUUAUCUUAUUAAACAAGAGCCAUUGAAAGAGGUGUUUAUUAGAUACAUAUUUAGGAAGAAAAUCAACCAAUCAGAAGAAACUAGCACACAAGCAGAUUCAGAAAACAACAUGAAGAUGAAAGAACCAAUGAAAAUCAUCCAUAAGGAGCAGGACAUCAUCACCGCCUUUGCUCUCAAUCAGUCUCAACUUCCAAUGAUCAGUAAUGAGUAUUCUAGCUAUGAACAGCUGAGUAGAUUUUUGAAUGCCAAUGCCAAUCUGUUAGCGUUGUCCACACAGAAAGAGAUCGUAGAGCUAGACAUAGGCCCUGUCCUGGCCCCACCCACCUGGCUGGAGGACGAGAAUGAGAUGGAUAUCGAGUACAUCAAGAAUCCCGCUCCCAUUGCACAGGACUCGGAUUUCUAUGUAGUACAGACUCCUGCGGACACCCACACUUCCCAGUACAGCUCCAGUGCCAGCAGUCCCCAGUCCCCCGGUCAGACUAACUGGUCCACGGGCCGCAGCACUACUGUGACAAAAGGGAUUAACAUCCCAGGGAUCACAAAUCCCCACAUAUCUCAGCAGAUUCAUGACAGGAGCCAUCGUCUGCUGAGAGUGAUAUUAAAGAGGCCAGUGGCAGGAGUCAGAAGAAUUGGUCCGCAUCCAAACCUCCCUCAUUAUUUGACAGGGAGCGCUGAUGGAAGUGUCCGGCUCUAUGAGUGGGGACACAUACAGCCACUAGCCAUGCUGAGGCAGCCCGGGGCCUUCCCCAAAGUUACCAAGGUUCUCUUUAGUUCUCAAGGCAACAAGUGCUGUGUCAGUGAUACAGAAGGAGAUGUUUGUCUGUGGCAAGUUGGACUAGGAAGCAAUUUCACCAAACCAAUUAUGAGUCUGCGAUGCCACAACAAGACGACAAGUGACUUCAGCUUCAUCGGAUCCUCCAGCCUCAUCGCUACAGCGGGACACUCCUCAGAGAGCAGGAAUGUCUGUCUGUGGGACAUGCUGCUACCCCCAAGGAGUGCCUGUGUGCAUUCUUUCAUCUGUCAUGAACAUGGAUGUCCAGCCAUUGUGUAUGCCCCCCAUCACCAGCUCCUGAUCUCAGGGGGCAGGAAGGGGGAGGUCUGUAUAUUUGACAUCCGUCAGCGACAGCUCCGGCACACCUUCCAGGCCCAUGAUGUACCAAUCAGAUGUCUGGCUAUGGACCCAGAAGAGGAGUACUUCGUCACAGGCUCUUCUGAAGGGGAUAUCAAGGUAUGGGGAUUGGAUGUCCAUCAGUUAGUCGUCAGUUUCCCAGGUGAACACAGUAAAAGUACAUUCUUCAAAAACAUUGGCUCCACUUCAGGAGUGACACAGGUAGCCAUUGGACCAGAGCAUAAUCUGUUCUCCUGCGGAAUCGAUGGAUCGAUGAAGUUCCGAUCUCUCCCUGAGCGGGACAGUAUGGUACGAUACUGGACAGCGUAGAGCGGCGUAGCUAUAAAUAGUCUAACAAAAUGCAUAAUCAUGACAGUGAUUUCAGCAAUGGCGUAUGUUUUUUCUUCUUUUGUGUUGAGCUCAUGCAUAGUAAUGAAAUAUAUUCUGGAGGCUCAUAAGUAUUUGUUGUCCAAUUAUUUUUUAAAGUACUGUAGCAAAGUAUAGUAUAUAUGAUUGUUGAAUUGUGGACUUGGUGAAUAUGUACUUUGCAACAUGUUCUUGUGUUCAAACUACAUGUAAUCAUGAUAAUCAAUGUUAAUAUUCCUUUUGAUAGCACAAUAGUCAAUUACAAGCAAUGUCUGUAAAUAGUGCCAUUUAAUUUAUUGAAAAGUCCCUACAUAACAGACUCAGUGAUGGGUAGAUGUAAACUUAUUAGACUCUGUACAUGAUAAUGUUGGCUUAUUGAAGUGUUUCUGAGCAAAUUCCAAGCUGUUUUCCCACCUUAGUUUUCUGACCUCAGUCCUUUAGAGGGAUACAUUGUAUUUUGUCUGUGUUGUGCAAUGUAUUUAAGAAAAGAGAAAACUGCUGUAUUUUGAAAAGAAUUCUUCGAAUUUAUUCCAGACAUGUGAUAGUGUGUGUGCUUAACUAAGGCAUUGUGUAUUUAUUUGUGCACUCAUUAUGUUACAAAGUAUUCAUGUACCUUGAAAGGUGGACCAAUUUGUUAUACACUGCUAUGGUGCAGGAAUCAUAUCGUUAAUUUCAUUGAAUUCUAGUCUAUUUGGAGUGUAGUAUGCAAAAAUUUAUUACAUGUAGUAUGAUUGUGAAAAAAAAAUCAAUUUGAUGUUGCUAUUCCUAUCUUCCAUUUGUCUACUAUCAAUCUAUUAUUUUCAUUUCUAUAUAGGAACAAAUUAUGAAUCUAAUUUUAUGGAGAUUUUUUUCACACAGACUGUAAACUUUCUAGACUUCAGUUUCAUCCAGCAAGCUCCUAUUAAGGUUUUCUCACCAAGUUUCUUUUUAAGGUUUUUGCUCAAGGGAAAUGAGAGUAAAAUCUUAUCCAACUAUAAAUGAGAGGGGAUUAAAAUUAUAUAAGAUACAUGUCAUUAAAAUUUAUUUGAUCUCAAUGAUAAAUUCCAAAAUGAUUUUACUGAAAGAGAAUUCUGCUCCAGUGAGAGAAAACUGCAGCAAGUGAGUUAUUGUACUAAAAUAAUUAGUAGAUAACAAAUGAUUGUAAGGCAUACCACCGUAAUUGUGUGAUAAGGGCAAAUGUUCAUAAGUGUGUGUGUCACACUGUUGAUACAUGUCUUGUGAGAGCUACAAGUGCACGCCUGUUAUGCAUGUACAUGUAGUGUAACCCCCCCCCCCCCCCCCCCCCGUGUUAUCUGUCUGUUCCUGUGUUGUUUUAUGUUAUGUCUUUUAUUUUGUUGAAUAUUUAACAAGCUGUUGGUCUGUGAUCAUAUCUAGAUGAUUCUAUCUAUGUUGGUUUUCUUUUUAAUCACAUGAUUAAAUAUUAGAAUAUCA